CUUAGUAGCACGUCUGACAUCAGUCCUGAAUUAGCCAUAUCUUUCCCUCGUCUUUAUGAAACAAUGGUUUAUGAAUUUACAUUUAGAUUAUUAUACGAUCUAUGUUUACUAUUUGGAUCACAAAUAUUAUUUUUUGCAUUUGGAUGGGUUUAUUUAGUAAAAAAACUAUUUAAAGAUUAUGAAUCGUCUAUUGACAGACAUGAUGUUCAAUUCGUUCAAGCAAUAUUUUCACUUACCUUCAGUACAAGCUGUGCCUUGUUCGAAUUAAUCAUUUUUGAGAUUAUGGACAUUAUGCAUAAAGAUUCACGAUACAUAUGUUGGAAAAUAACUCUCUACGUGUCACUUUUCCUUGUAAUAAUAUUGAUCCCAGCUUACCAAUUAUAUCUUAUAAUGACAAAUAUACGAAAGAGUUUGCCUCGAAGAUAUUCUAUAAUCAUAGCAGUUGUAUGUUGGUCAACAUAUUUUUAUGGAUUUUGGAAAGUCGGAGAUUUCUUCCCAAUUAAAAACACAGAAAAAAAAUCAAUACCCGAUGAUGCAUUUAUACAAUUUGGAAUGAGUCGCGUAGGAGUACUUGGUGUUACUAUAAUGGCAAUAUUGUCAGGAUUUGGAGCGGUAAACAGUCCUUAUGCCACGUUAUUUUUCUUUUUAAGGCAAGUUAAGGACGCAGACAUUCAAGCGGCCGAAAAAAAAUAUCUUCAUAAUUUGGAUAUAAUAUUAAGUAAGAAGAGACGUAUAUUAAUAUCACAAGUUCGACAAAGAACUACAAACGAACAAAGUUCAAGAGUUGGCGGAUUUAUGCGUAAAAUGUUUAAUACCAUGGCAAAUGGAAUUGGAAUGGGUAGUGAAAGUAUUAGCAUGUUACGACAAGAAAUCACAGGACUUGAGAAUCUUAGUCGACAAUUAUUUUUAGAUAUCGAAGAUUUAUAUCAAGAAAGAGAUCGGAUACUUUAUUCAAAAACAUGGCAAGGAAAAUAUUUUAAUUUCAUGGGCUAUAUUUUCUCGAUUUAUUGUAUUUAUAAGAUUGUAAUGGCAAUUGUCAAUAUUGUUCUUUUUCGUGUUGGAAAGACUGAUCCAAUUACAUAUGGGUUAACAUUAACGAUUGCCUAUUUUAAUAUCAAAGAAAUAGAAAUUGAUACUGAUUUUUGGUAUCAACAAUUAAGCUUUUUUACGGUUGGACUUAUGAUAUUUUUUUCCAUUCGAGGAUUAUUAAUUCAAUUCCUAAAAUUUUUCAGAGCAGUUUCAAAUUCCGUAUCAAGAAAUAACAUUGUUUUAUUUCUUGCACAAAUUAUGGGAAUGUAUUUUCUUAGUUCUGUAUUGAUGUUAAGAAUGUCAUUACCAGAAGUAUAUAGGAAUAAAAUUACAAUGUUAUUUAAAUCAGUUGAUGUAGCAUUUUAUCAUAGAUGGUUUGAUGUGAUAUUUCUUGUUAGUGGAAUAGCAAGUAUGAUCUUCUUAUAUUUUGUACAUCAAGCAAAUAAUAACAAUGUUAUGUUAAUCAGCACCACCACUUCAUCUAUAAUGACACCUUCUGGAUCAUCAACACCAUCAAGUUCACCUGGAUUUUCUUCAAAUGGAAGUUUGACGAUAAAUUCUAAUUCUCCCAUUUCACCUGGGGAAUGGGAAUAUGCGGGUGGUACUGCUGGUGGCGGAGUUGGAAAAUGGUCUUCAAGCAAUAAUUUAUAUCAUCGGGGCUAA